GAACAGACCAAGUAGAGAGAGAGAGAGAGAGAGAGGGGGAGGGAGGUGCUUCCUCCGGCGAUGGCGAAGCUGUCUGGGUUGCAGAAGCAGGUGGUCAGCCUAUACCGCGGAUUCUUACGGGCGGCGCGGUCGAAGGGCGGCGAGGAGCGUCGGAGAAUCGAGGCAGUCGUCUCGGGGGAGUUCCGGCGGAACUCUACCUCCGUCGACCGGAAAGACUUCCUCUACAUCGAGUACCUGCUCCGGAGGGGGAAGAAGCAGCUGGAUCAGCUUAGUGACCCCCAAACUGUAGGCCUAUUUUCCCGCCACGUCGGUUGAUUCUGUAAUCCUUUUCCUAUUUCCUCUUUGCCCCUUUUCUUUCCGUUUCCGUCUGUACAUUCGUUCUCGCGAAACAGAAAAUUUUUGUUAAAUCUGAGAUUCCAACUACCCAUGAUAGACAAUUCUCAAUGUUGUACAUUGUUAAUGGUCGAUGAAUAAAAUUAUACCAAGAACCGCAGCUUAUUCGCAA